GUGAGAAGGUGGCGAGGACAAUUGGAUUGAAGGAAGUUUUUGAAGAUUUUUGUUGUGAAAAAUGUCUUUUAGAGAUGUUCGAGACCUCUCCGAGCACCUCAAGCUGCUCGGCUACCCCAACAACAUCCCGCUGUCCGUGCUGAACACCCCGUUCGGCGGCCCGGAAAGCUUCAAGGCCUACUCGGACAUCCUGUCGUGGCUGGUGGGCCGGCUGGAGCCGACGCUGACGCUGGCCGGCGGAACCCGCACCGAGCAGGACCGCAUCCUGUUCGUGCGGUCCGCCACGGAGUUUCUGGUGACCAAAUCGAGCAUCAAGGUCAAUCCGCGCAAGUUGUACGCAAGUUCCACGGCGGCGGCUAGGGAGCUGCUCAAGGUCACCUCGCUGUUGAUCGCGUCGCCCAAGGUGACGGGGCUGGACGAGGAGUCGAUCAAGUCGCACGUGGAGAUCGACCUGUCGGACAAGAUGGAGGAUUUGAAGAGGGUGAGGGGGUUGUCGUCGGAGCUGACGAAUCGGGGCGCGGCGCUGUACGAUCUGCUGAAGAAGGAGCUGGUGAAUCGGGAGACGAGGACGGUUCAGUCGACGCGAUCGCUGGAGUUGGCGUCGGUGGAGAAGGUGAUCAAGACGGCGAUUGGUUCGUUGGAGACGAAGUUGGGAGCGGCGAAGGGAGUGUUGGGGAGUUUGAAGGUGGAGAAUGGGAACUUGAGCUCGAAGAUUCAGCGCAAGUCGUCGGAGUUGGAGCGGUCGAAGCAGCGGCUGCAGGCGCUGCAGAAGGUGCGUCCGGCGUAUUUGGAGGAGUUUGAGAAACUGGAGCUGGAGCUGAAGAACUUGUACGAGCAGUAUAUAAUUCGGAUUCGGUGCGUGGACGCGCUCAAGUCGCAGCUGAUCAGCAAGAACCGAACUCCGACACCGACUUCGCCGAUCGCCAAGAUGGCGGACAGCUCGUUGACGGCGGUUCUUCCGGAGGGGUUGAUGGAUUCGGACGAGGAGGGGGAGGACGAGAUUGAUGAUUUUGACGAGCGGGAGGAUGUUAAGCUGAAGUCGGAUAAGCGGGUGCUGCGGAGUGAGUUGCUGAACCGGGAUCGUGGUUCGACGAGGUUCCGGACGCGGAAUGGGGGUGGAGCGGAAGGUGGUGGGCCCUCGUCGAUGAGCGGACGCGAUCGGGCUCGGAUGAUCGGCGGGAUGAACGACGAUUUGGGGCCGCUAGACAGCUCGCUCGGGAGCUCGGCCGAUUCGGAGAGCGAUCUGGAGAUGGGCGGGAAUGGAUUGAUUGACGAACUCCGCUCGGAUGUGGACGACGACGACGACGACGAUGAUGACGUCGACGAGGACGAUCUGGACGCGCCGCCGACCACCCUAACGAAGCUGACUAGGGAGAACUCUACGCUGAACCGCGGCGGUGGCGGCCCGGUCAAGCACCAUCCGGACAACCACCAGAGCGACGAGGACUUCUAGUCAAAAACUCACGACAUAAUUUAUUAGAGUUUAAAAACACAAAAUAAAAACAAAAGAGUGGAAUGUACACAGGUUCUAUGAUACAG